CGGGAUUCGUUUACCAUCCAUCCCUUGUUACUACUUCUCUUACCAAGGUGCUUGCCUGCUGAUACUGCACCGCGCUAAACUGCUCUGCCCAGUGCUGCUCCCGCUCCCCGACAAUUUCUGUUCUUGCAUCCUUACUGGAUCAUUUCUGGCUACGCACACUCUUUCAUCUCUCACUCUCACCCUCACUCUCGCUGCUUGCCCUGCCUCACGACUGGUACCACCUGCACGUUGCGACUGAGGUGCUGCGCUGCUGCACUGCACCAAGUAGAACUGCUGGUCCCCUCCACUACCCACUCCCUCCCAUCCAUCAUUCUUAUUUUUCCCCCUUCCCUCCUUCACUGUCUGUCUUCCCACACCCAGCAACGUGAACACGAUCGCGUCUAUUAUUAGAAUCAUCCACGCCAGAUUCAGCCCCAUCGACCUGCACCUCACAACGCGACGCCUGUCCAUCCCAGACCUGUCGCAUCUGCGCUUGUAAUGGGAUCAAUUGCGCAACGACAGCCCAAGAGACAGGCCAUUUAGAUAAAAGCGAUCGGCUUGCUCUGGCUAACUCUUGUUUCCACUCGCUCCGUUGAUCGGCUAAGCUUGCCGCUCCGACAAGACAAACCCAGCUCUACUUCCGACCUUCCACGAGCCCCCCGUCCUUUUGAGACCCAUCCGGUCUUUCUCCUCGUUCUCCUAGAGCCAGUCGACGCAUCCUCAACCGCAACGGCUGAGACCUCGCCGCCGCCGCCGCGCCAUUGCCAAUCGGCAUCCGAGUCGCUCGCCUCGAUAUUUCUCUCCGGCCCGGUACCAACGCGCCCAGUCGUCUCGAACCUAUUCGCCAACCGCUCACCAGAGCAUCUGGAUCAAAAUGGGACGCAGAAAGAUUGAGAUCAAAGCCAUUAAGGAUGACAGGAACCGUUCUGUCACCUUUUUGAAGAGGAAGGGUGGCCUGUUCAAGAAGGCGCACGAGCUUUCCGUCCUGUGCUCCGUGGACGUCGCUGUCUUCAUCUUUGGCAGUAACAAGAAGCUGUACGAGUACUCUUCCACAGACAUGCGGGAGAUGAUCACCAGGUAUACCUACCACGGUGGCCCCAACGAGCAUAAGGGCCCCUCAGAUUUCAACGGCGGCAACGACGAGGACGAAGAUGAGGACCCCGAAGGCACGCCGCCGCAGGAGCCUCAAAUGAUCCCUCCUCAGUUCCAAGGGCAAGCUUCUUUCCCCCACAUGCGACACCACACGCCGUCAGCGUCUCCUCCCAUCCCGAACGGCAUGUCUUUUCAGCAGCACCCUGGCCAUCCCGUGCAACGCGGCCACACGCCGCAGCCUAGCAUGGGAUCGCGUCCUGCUUCUCGACAAGACAUUCGCCGUAUGGGACCGAGUAUGGGCCCCCAGCCCGUCGGCCCUGGAUCUCAGCAACCCCCCGUCAACGGCUUUGCGUACAUGCCUAACCCGGCCAUAUAUAACCCUCAGAACCAAUCCAACAUGCCCCCAAACAUGCCUCACGGACUCCCCCAGCAGCAUGGCCCUCAAUACCCAUCGUAUCCCCCUAGCCACCACCCCCCGCACAUGCAACAGUACAUGGAAGAUCAGCGCCGCUCCAUGCCGCCCAGCUACCCGCAACCGCAAGGUCAGCAAGGGCCCGGGCCUCAAGUUUCUCGGAUCUCGCCGUCUCCGCCACAGCCUCCCACCCAGCAGUUGCCGCCGCAACCGCCUCAGAUCACACCCCCGCCACCACAGCCUCAGCAGCUUGACCAUCAGCAUCAGCAGCCGCAACAUUCGCCUCAACUCCAGCAGCAGCAGCAACCGCAACCUCCACAGCCUCAACAGCAGCAGCAAUCCCAGGCGCCGCCGCCGCCGCAAUCCCAGGAGGCAUCAAUGCCGGCGCCAAUGGAACCGCGAUCGGAGCAACAAGAGCGACCCCAACCACCACUUCUGAAUACGGACAGCGCAAUUAAGAAGCUACCGCAGCGCAAGCAGCACAGCAUCUUCACGCCUAUUGACGAGAACCGCUCCAUUCUAUCCCAGCAUCUGGCCUCGUUCGCCUCCGAGCAAAACAGCAUCAAAGUAGAGUCUAAUCGCCCUCCAUUCCCUGAUCAGAGCAACAUCAAGAUUGAGGGCAAUCGGUCCCAGUCCGUCGAUGUCGGCGCCGUAUCCCGGACCAAUGGUUCCACGACGUCUCCGCCUAUACCUUCACGGGCCAGCACUCAAUCUCUAAGUAAGACCCGAAACAUUUCGGUAUCGUCAAUUCCAGAGACAAUGUUUACUCCGCCGUCUCGCACCAACAGCAUGAAGCUUGGAGGCGGUGCGCGGCCGCGUUUGAGGGUGGAGAUUCCCGACGAACCUUCGGAUGGCGGUAGCGCAACUGCCGAGUCAAACUCUCCUCGCAACUCAACCGACACUACAUCCCAGACGACUCGGCGCCACGCAUCCGAGUCACAUUCUUCUGGCAUGGUGCUGCCGCCACCAUCCCCGUCAGCCCAAACGCUUUUGUCGGCUGGCGCUACGGGCCCGCCAAACCCGUUUGCCCGCCCGCCUCCCCAGCAAAACAAUAACAUGAAUAUUGACACCCCCGUGUCCGCUCUCCCAUCCCGAUUCUUGAACAACGAGUUCUUACCCAGCCCCAGCAGUUUUUACCCGGAGUGGUAUUCGCGGGGCGGCAGCGACAGCAACACGCUGCCUAGUCCUUUGAACUUUGCGACUCCCGUUGUCGGCUCAGGUCCCAGCUUCCUAAGGGACGACAACAACACGGGCACGAAGCGCAAGAGCCCCGAGAUCAGCGUAAGCGGACCACACGAGGGUCCCGAGGUUGGCAACGAGCCCAAGAGAGUGCGGGUCGAUUCGUGAUACCAUUUCCCCCUUUUAUUUUACCGCUUUGGCUGUACCAUUCAUCUGCAUCCUGGCCUCUUUCGGCCCAUUACGGAGUGCAUUUGGUUCUAUGAUACCUCUGAUAUUUUUUACUUCACGGCAUAAGCGUCACGUAGAAUAUUUAGUUCACAUUCUCUUCUAUACAUAUCCGUGUCGGCGGAGGGUCACGCUGCAUCGACAGGCGCAAAACAGGGGUUAUGGACGAGUGCUACUUUGUUUUUCUUUGUCCCUUUUUCUUUCACUUUGGAUUGGCGGGGGACUACUCGCCAUCUCCGGAACGGCUUAGGGUUCGUGAUGUGCAUACGGACAUGUGAGAUGACUGCGAGCGUGGAAAAGGCUGGCUUACAGCGAACGGUGGAAGACCCAACGGGCGCAUUGUUUAAUUCCUGUGGUAUACUAGGGCAGUGGUUGAUUAGUUCGAAUGAGUUGUUUGAUCUGGGCCCUCUGCGUGUUCGUCCAGACUACCUUGAGACAUGACUUGCAGACCGGCCAAGAUCUUGGCGGCAGUGACUAUGGGGUCGACUUCCGGCGCGGCCUGCAGUUGCACUAAUAACAAUGUAAUUCAAUAUCCCGAACUUUCCAGUCUUGGGAUGACGAG